UGCAAAAAAACCUCGCAAUCCAUUAUAAAAGCUGCUCAUCAAUUGUGCUCUUCAUCAGUUUGUCAGAAAAAGUUCUAGCGAAAUGAAAUUAAAUUUUCUGAUUGUUCUAAUAAUAAGCGCACUAUUGGGCGCCGUAAUGGCUAUUCCCGGUCAGCCACCGAGUGGUCCGCCACCAAAUGGACCACGGCCUAGCGGUCCGCCACCAGAUGGUCGACGCGGCCCCCCACCUACCAAUAGCACCAGCUCUGGCUAGUCGAAUUCCUCAACCAACUACGAACAAAGCAGUGGACAAUGGACAAACCGCUCUGAAUCUGAUCUUAACUCUAACGAUCCACAUACAUAUAUAUAAACAUUACUGUAAAUAAUUCACUUGUGUUUUUUACAAACAUUUCAAAUUAAAAUGCAUUAAAAAUUUACAAA